AUGCCCCCCACCCGCCUCCCCCGCUCCCCCUCCGACCCCAUCCACCUCUCCCACCGCCCCCCCUCCCCCUCCCCCGGCCCAGCAGCGGGGCAGCAGAUCUACGUCCUGACCGCCGACGGUUCCAGUCUCUUCCUGGUGGACCCUUCGAAGCCUAGGGGAGGGGAGGAGCCCCCGCCUUAUGCUUCGUUCCCUGUCCAGCCUUUACCGCUUGCUGGGGGGGACGAUGCAGAGGCAGAUGCAGAUGUAGAUGUAGAAGCAGAAGAACCUGGUGUGGGCGUGAGGAGGGUAGAGUUUCCGAGGGUGCACGAAGAAGAAGAAGGCCCGCAUAGGCAUAGAGCCCGGACGCUAUCGGCAAUAUCGAACCAAGAACGCUAUCGCCCCCGGACAUUCACCUUCACACGCCCCCCAGCCAGCCGACGUGCCCGCUCAGCACUCUCCACGCCCGAACCGAGGACGGCUUGGCUCGUGGACGUGCCGGACGUGCCGGACGAAACGACGCCCUUGCUCCCGGGCCCGGGCCGCGACUUGGAAUCUGCGCCUAUCAUUGCCGCUGCCGAUGAGCAAGCAGGCUGGAGAGGGAGGGGGUGGUGGAAGGGCGUUUGGUGUGGGGAGCUUGAAGAUGGGGAAGAAGACACCAGGGUGGGGUGGGGAGAGGGGUGGAAGAGGUACUGGCGGCCUGCGCUGCUGGUAUGGCCAUGGCUACUCGUCGGGACAUUGGCGGGCACGGCGCUGCUCAUCACUCUUCCGCUCGGCGCGAUAGUCUGGUGGUUGACGCUGAUCAUAUCUCGUUCUGCCGCAAGGCUCGAAACGAUUAUGCAAUUACAUUACCACACCCCUCUACCGCCGGGCAAAACAGCCCAAUACCAUCCAAUCUUCUACCGUCCCCUCCCCGUCCCUCGCUCCUCUUCUCCUUAUUACAACCCCCUCCCAUCACCAUCCUCCCACCCCCACCCCCACCCCCACCCUUACCACACCACCCCCUCAUCCCCCCUACCCCCAACCUCCGACCCAUCCCCAAUAAUCUGGGACAAACGCUUCACCAAAAACGCGUACGCCAUGUUCCUCGACCACUACUCCUACUCCGCCCUCUCCUAUUUCCUCCUCAUCAAACCCCUCCUCACCCUGUUCGGCACCAUCAUGUGUAUAUUGGUGCUCGCUGUUCUGGGAGUGGGUACGCUAGGCGUGGGGCUGCCGGUGGGAAUGCGGAUCGUUAGGCGGUGGGGCAGGUGGCAGGGAGAGGUUGCUUUGGAUAAUCUCUAA